AUGGGCAACGUGGCAUCUUGUGAUAGAUCUCGAUCGUCUGACGGACUAGACUUCCUUUCGCAGCCACUGGCAGAGGCAGCCACAUGCUGUGACAAGCAGGAUCAUGGUGAUGUCAAGAAGGCAAAGCCGUUGAGCCACAAUGGGUUUGUGAACCUGAAGGCAGACAAGACGUCAGACGGCGAUAACCGGGCCUUCCGAGUGGACAAGAAGGGGCUGGCAGAGCUGCCCUUCCAUAGGGUGAAGGAUGUGGAAUGUUAUCCCUUGCCGGAAGGGAUGCCCAAGGUCAACUGGAACAGGAGGAGGAGCAGAGGGACGGAAGCAGAGGCUGUGUGCGAGGCUGAUCGCCCCCUCAGCCCAACCUCGGAGCUUCUCCACCAGCUGGAGAGCAUAGCGCACCCGCCGUCACAGUCUCCUCAGCCCGUGAUGGGACGGAGAGGAGGCAGUGUCAGGUAUGAGCCCCCCGGAGCCGAGGGGGGCGGAGCAGGCAGGAGGGAUGUAUCCCCUCUACAGAUGAGGCCGAUGGAGGGCAGAGAUCUUGUGGACCCCCAGCUGCUCUUCGCGUCAGACGAGGUUGCAGCAAGAGGUGUAUGA